GAAAACACCCCCAGCACACAAAAUGAACAAUACCAGAUGACAACGCUCUUUCACCACUCUGAAAAAGAUGACAAAUUCAGAAAGUCUCUCCUGGGGUGGUCGCUCUGUUAUCGGUCCCUCAGGCGCUGGGAGCAGCUGCCACAAGGUGCAAACUCUCGGUGUUUCCCAGGCCUCAGUCGGGAGCAGGCUCAAGUCGUUCCAAGAAAGGGAAAGAAAGACAGUCCAGGGAAAGUUCGGACUGCCUAGCUAAACUAACUAACAAGGAAAAGCAAAAAAGCAAGAGCAAAGCAGGAGCAAAGCAGAAGCAAGAGCCAGAGCAAAGCGAAAGCCAAGCAAAAAGCGAAAGCCGCACUAUGUACUGCCCUGUCUCUGCAUCCUGCCAGUCGCGGGGGAGCACGCUGAUAACAAAACAAAAACAAAACUUCGCUUUUCAGAGCCAGUCUUGAAGGCCCAGAACAUAACAUCGACCAUAAAAAGAACAGACGACUGGGGAUACAAGCAUGAUAACAUCACCCUAGGACAGCCCGCAGCUCCCCGAGGCUCUGCUGGGGACUCCUGAGGCGUUUUCCGUGCCUGUCCGAGCGGAUCCGUAACUAUCUACAAAGGGAAUCUGAGGAGGGCACUGGGUGUAGCCGUGACCGCACUGCUGGGCUGUGGAGACAUUCAUCACUUCGGGCAGGAAUCACAGAAUAUCCUGAGCAGGAAAGAUCACCGAGUCCAGCCCCUGGCCCUGCACAGACCCCCAACAACCCCACCCUGGGCAUCCCUGGAGCGCUGUCCAAAUGCUCUGGAGCUCCGGCAGCCUUGGGGCCGGGACCAUUCCCUCGGGAGCCUGGGCAGUGCCAGCACCCUCUGCUGGAAGAACCUUUUAAAAUCCAACCUAACCCUCCCCUGGCACAGCUCCAGCCGUGCCCUGGCUCCUGUCACCAGAGGGGAGAGCCCAGCGCCUCUCAGAGCUGUGACUGCGUUUCCGCGGUGCCCCACCAGCACCUUCCUCGCGCUCCUCAAUCCCGAGAGCCUUCCCCUUUCAACAACCCCCCAGCCCCUGCGGGCUGUGCUCGCAGCCUCCAUCCCCCGCCCGAGGCCGCCCGGGCAGGGCCGGGCCAGCCCCGGUCACCGCGGAAACGGAAACGCGCGGGCCGGGGCCGCCGGGAGCGGGGCCGGUUUGAACGUUCGGCCGCGGCCGCCGCCUCCCUCCACCGCGGCCGCGACCCGCAGCCCCCCGAGGUUACUUUGUGUGCUUUCAAAAUGAGCAGUGAAGAUGAAAUAAAGGAAAAACUGGAUGCGGAGUUAGAUCGCUGUGUUGUGGCUAUGAAGCCCUAUGUCCUUAACCUGCAGCAUAGUUCAGAAAGAAAAAGAUGCUCACUAUGGAUUAAAAAACUCUGCAAACCUUGUGCAGCAGGCAUAGGAAUAGUGGGAAGGGAGAAUCGAAACUUGUAUGCAAAACUGCUGCUCCACAUGCUGCAGAGAGGAGUUCUGAAUGGUCCCUUCAGCCAGAAACCAGAGGAAGGAAUGCUGAAAACUUUGCCUGCCUACAUGUCAGUUUAUUUUGAUGAACCAAGUUCACCAAGACUUCGGAACAGCCACUCUGACUGCUUAUCUGAGUGGACGGUGGGAGACCUGGGAAAACAUGACAGUAAUGUAUCCUCUGUGGAGGACUCCUCUUCAGCAACAGCUCCUGCACAUGGGGAAGGACUCAAUGAGAAGCCAUCAGUAUUAUCCCGUUGUUGUCUGAGCUCUCCUCACCGGACAGAUGAAGAUGACCUAGGCACGUCACUGUCUGAUGAUCAACACAAAAGGGACUUUUCAUUGGAUGAUGAUGACCUCGAAGCACGACUCAAUAGUUGGAAUCUUGGGUUAGAAAACCCCAGAUACCUGCGAGAAAAACGGGUGCCAAUGACUGUGAUGACACCUAAAAUUGAUCUUGGGCAGAGCAGCCGCUCUCGGUACCACCAGGCACUGCUUCGCACGCAGGAGAAAGAGCUGGAAUUGAAAAUGAAAAUAGCAGAAGGUAAAUUUCAUGAAGAAAAACUGAAAUUACAACAGAAGCAUGAUGCUGAUGUUCAAAAGAUUUUGGAUAGAAAGAACGAUGAAAUAGAUGUGCUGAAGUCCACCUACCUAAAGAAACAAAAGGAGUCUGAGGAUAUGAUAAGAAAACUGGAGAAAAAAGUUCAGACCCUUGUUCGUGAGUCCCAAGUUGUGAGAGAAGCCAAAGAGCAGCAGAUUGUGGAGCUGAAGAAGAUGUGUGAGCAAACCAAUGAUUGCCUGAACAAUGAGUGGGAGAAAAGGCUCCACGAUGCCGUGGCUGAGAUGGAGAAGGAGAAGUUCAACAUCCGGAAGAAGCACACAGAAGAUAUGCAGGAGCUGCUGGAGGAGACCAACGCCCGGCUGGCCAAGAUGGAGGAGGAGUAUUUGCAGCAGACACAGUCAACUAACGAGACUGUCCAAAAGCUGGGGGCCCGUGUGCAGCAGUUGACUGUUGAGGCUGAAAAUAGUAAUUUACAACGUCAGAAAUUAUCUCAGGAGAAGACUGAGGUAGAACUGCGCUACCAGGAGGUCUGCUCCGAACUUGAGGAGCUGAAAGAAAGGUACAAGUUACUUCAGAAAGACAAGGACCAGAUUAUGCAGGAAUACAAGGAGAACCUUCAGCAACUACAAAGUAAAUUUGAUGUUGAUAGAGACUUUCUGAAGCAGGAACAAGCUCAGCAGACAUGUGAUGUGAUUGCAGAAUUACGCCGUGAAAUGGCUCUGCUGAAACAACAAUUGCAAGACUCUGAACAUCAAAGGAAGCAGCAGCUGAGGGAUCAAGAAUACAAGGUUCAGCAGGACAAGCUCAACUUGAAGCGUGUGUAUGAGAAACAGAUUAAUGGCAUUCGGAGUGAUCUGGAUAAAGAAAGAGGGGAAGCUCAGAAGAAAAUUCGCCACCUGGAGCAGGCUCUGAAGGAGAAGGAGGAGCAGCUGAGGCGGGUGACGGAGGUACAGAGGCUGCAGGCCCAGCAGGCAGGCGCUGCCCUGGAGGAGUUUAAGCGGCAGGUGGAGCUGAACUCAGAGAAAGACUCUGCUGAAAUGAAACAGCGGAUGGCAGAGGUUGAAGCAGAUCUAAGCAGAUCAAAAUUGCUGCGGGAAAAGCAAGCCCAAGAAUUCUCCUGGCAGUUGGAUGAGAUCAAGAAAAGAUAUGAACAGCAGAUAGUGGAGCUGAAGCUGGAGCAUGAACAGGAGAAGACGCACCUAUUCCAGCAGCACAACACAGCGCAGGACUGCCUGGUCCGAGACCAUCAACGGGAGAUGGAGAAACUGGAGAAGCAGCUUCACGCUGCCAUGGCAGAGCACGAGAGCCAAACUCAGGACAGCAGGAAACGUGACGGCCAGGUGAUCUCUGGUUUGGAGAACCAAAUCCACAAGCUGAGGGAGGAGCUGAUCCAGGCCAACGCCCUGCGGAACCAUCAGCUGCUGGACCUGAGCCUCCAGAGGGACGAGGAGAAGCUGAAGGCAUCCCGAGACAAGGAGGCAGCACUGAACAGCCUCAAGAUGGAGAUGGAAAAAGUGAUAUCAGAGCUGAAGAGGAGGCACACGGCGGAGACGGAGGCGGCCUUGAGAAAGGCCAACAGGCGGCUGAAGCAGAUGGAGGAGGAGUUCAGCCAGAAGCUGUCCAUGUCCGCGCAGGAGAUAGCAGAACUGAAGACAACCAUUUCCUUCCUGACAGAGGAGAACAGCCGGCAGCAGCUUGCGGUGGAGCAGCGGCUCCAGGAAGCUGCACAGAAGUUGGAAGAUGAGAAGCAGCAGCUGAUGACAGAUAAUGACAGAGCAAUCAAGGCCUUGCAGGACGAGGUGGAGAAUUACCGUGGGCAGGUUUAUGAUGCUCAGAGGAGGCUCCAGCGCAACGAGCUGAAGGCCCAGGAGCAGUUGGUUACUAUACGAGAAGAAUAUCAAAAAAUACUCAAAGGGCUGCUGCCAGCAUCUACCAGAAAGGAGUUUGAAGACACCAUUUCAUCUUUAAAAUCUCAGGACUGUGCUUGUAACCGAGCUGGGAAGGACUGGGAUGUGGGAUCUGGGAUCUGGGACCUGUCCUGGCUGAAGGGAAGAACUGGGACAAGGACAGUGCCAAGCUGGUGGCUCAGAGCUGCCCUGAGCUCUGGGAAGAGCAGAAACCUGAGGACACAGAGUACAAGUUAUCAUCACAUUAUCAUCACAACCUUAUGCCUAUUUUCAGGACCAUUUUUCAAGAAAUUAUUGAUCUACAACAUCUCAUUUCUCUUUCCUGCACAACCUUCUCUAUGGAGAUGAUUGGUAAUUUCAUUUAUUCUGGGAUUUUUCCCCUUUUUUUCUCUUUGCAAUGCAUAACAGUUAUUCCAUAGCAUAUUUUGCUCUGCAUAAGACACUUGCCCUGGCAGAGGCCACCUUCAAUGGAAGUAGGAAAUUCUGAAAGUGGAAACUCAAUAUUUCUAUGUGCAGGGAGUGACACAACUAACAUUCUGGCUGUAAACAUUCUGCUUCCAUCUCAAGGGAUCCCUAAUGGAAAUUAUGCUCUUUCUCAUUUAAAUAGUUGUGUGAAAUAAAGAGUUAAGGGUCUGUUGGGGAGAUCUGUUUCCAGUUCAUAGUAAAAAGCUAUUUUUUAAAGACUCCUAAAAGGACUCUCAGCACUGCCUGGUAGGAAGCAUCACUCUGAACUCAUACCACACCUUUUAAUGAGUUAAAAAAAUAAAAAAAAAGUAGAAUCUGAUAUCCACCUGCAGAGGUUCUGUAAGCAGCAACAUUUCAAAGGAGUAAAAGUACCUCCGCACAUGAAAACCUGGGUGCUCUCCCAGAAAUCCAUCUCUGCUGGCUGCGUUCCCACGCGCACUGGCGUCGGAGCCCGCUCGGGGAGCUGGGCUCUCUCUGAAGCACAGGUGUCCUGCUCUUUGAAAAUUGUUGAAAUUCCUGUUUGAAAACAUCAGACAAGAAGGCCACUGGAAUCCCUGCACCUGUCAGGAUUAUUUAUUGUUGGAGGAGGAUGAAGAGGAUAGGCUGGGUAAAAGCACCGCGCGGGGAUAAAAAUAAACAGCAGAAAAUGAAAAUACUCGAUGCUUGGGUGAAGUUUUCUAAAUGUGUUGCUAAAUAUAAAGGAUUUGCUGCCUGGCUGUCUGCUCCUGGAGAGAUGCAGUGUGUUAAUAAGCAUUAAUUCUCAUACACUUGGGGAACAGGUGAGUAUCUCCAUCACAAGAGCAGAAGUGCAGGGAUCAGAGCACAGGAAUCCCAUGGGAGCUGCCAGAAGAGCAGGAGCUCCCAAGCCCUUGCACAACCCAGAUGGUGCCACCAGCUGGGUUUAACAACUGGUUUGACUCUGUUCCUGAAGGAGUGAAGAGUGCACAGCCAGAGCAGAGCCAGGGAAGCCAAGAGAGCAGUCUUCUAUUAAAUAUUAAUUCUUCUACUCAGCUAAAGUGUUACUGCAUGUUAUUUAGGCAGGAGAGAGACCAGAAAAAUUCCUUUUAUGAAAUGAGCACAAAUAUAUUGAUUGGAAUUUUGUACCCUGUUUUCAUGUGGGAUG